CAAAUCCCGGCUUCCGGGUAAGGCGUGCUGGCUUUCCGUACUGAUAGAAGCGUGAAUGGUGAGACCUUCGUUUCUGCUGUGAUUAAAUUUGGGCUUGAAACUCUCCAUUUGAAGUUACAUAUCUAUACUUACUGAGUCGUCGUGGUAAUGGAAAAUCUAUGUGUGAAGGUGCAUCAAUUGUCAAAAUCUAGCAGCUAUAUCAGCCUACUACAGAAACGGCUUAUGGCCCAAAGAAGGACUCCUGUACAGUAUGCUUCAUUUACAGAAGUUCAACAGCUCCCCGAAAAACAGUUUACUGCCAUAACAUUUCCUCUCCAAGAUCUGGCAAAAUUCUUGUCUCCUAAUGUGGACAGAUCAUCCUUCUGCAUUUUCAAACCUAACCAGAAGGACAUUCAGACAGCAGAGAGGUUUUUCAUUCCAUCACGUCAACAUAUCAUUGAUUAUUCCACUUCUGCGGUCCGGAUGGAUCAUGCCCCAGAAAUGCCUGAGCCUGAGGUUUGCUUUUUAGGAAGAAGCAAUGUCGGAAAAUCAUCUUUAAUUAAAGCAUUGUUUUCAUUGGCCCCUGAUGUUGAAGUCAGAAUUUCCAAACAACCUGGUCACACAAAGAAAAUGAAUUUUUUCAAAGUGGGAAAAUUCUUCACUUUGGUGGAUAUGCCAGGCUAUGGGUUUAAAGCACCCAAAGAUUUUGCAGAGAUGGUGGAGCCUUAUUUAAGUCAACGCACAAACUUGAAGCGUACAUUCUUAUUAGUAGACGCUAAAGAAGGAAUUCAUGAAAUGGAUAACAUUGCUGUAGAAAUGUUAGAAGAAUUUGGGAUCCCUUAUGUUCUUGUAUUAACCAAAAUUGACAAAGCACCAAAAUCCGUGAUGGCAAAACAUGUGCUACAGAUUCAAGACUAUGUAAAGAAAAAUGCUCAUACAUGUUUUCCUCAACUUUUUCCUAUCAGUUCUUUGAAUUAUGUUGGAAUCCAUGUAUUGAGAUGCUUCAUAGCUCAUGUUACUGGAAAUCUUCCAUUAUCCACUGAAUAAAGGAUUAUAUUUGGAAGUAUCUUGUUUCAAACUUCAUGCUAGAUGCUGUAUAAAUAUAGAUUAUUUUGGAAUAAUAAACGCUAUGUAAAUUCAAUAUUGUUAUAUAUGUACAUACUGUAAAUAAACACAUUAAAAGAUGAAAUAUAUGACAAUCAGAUUCUGAAUGGAUAACACAAAAUCUCAAAACCAUUUUUCUUUCAACUCAAGAGUGCAAAUCUGAGAAUAUAGAAUUUAAGCUAAAGAAGACAAAUUCCAGCAGAAGAUUUAAAAAUACAUUCAAUAAUAAGUCACUGGAAUCAAUUACAAGUAAGGCAAUAAGCUUCAUUUAUUAGAUACUGUAUGUUAAAGCAAAGAUUGAAUUGCCAUUAUUGGGGUACUUUUAAUUUGUAGUAGGCUGAGUAGGAGGCUGCUGGUAAUGGUCUUUGCAGUCCUUUUCAGUUCUGUAAUUCUAUAAUUGUGAUAUUCUACAAAUUAUGUAGAUAUGUGAGGAUAGCUUUUGCAAAAACAACUAUCUAUUUAGGAAUUCCCUAUCUAUGAAGCCUGGGCAUUAGGCAGAACAACAGCAGAAAUUAAUUUGCUUGGUUUUUUUGUACAGCAAGAGAAAAUAGAAAUAUUUGCACUAAAUUAUUUAAAAUAAAUAUAUAUAUUUAUGUGAAAAUAGAAGACCCAGCACAAUUCUACUGCAGGCAAUGUGGACUUUCUAAAACAGUGAAAAGCAUUCCUUUUUAAAAUGGUCAGCUUCGUUAAUAAGACUACUCAAAUCUGACAAUCUUUAAUGCACAACUUCUCUAAUGAGCACAGGCAUGUGAUAGGGCUAAAGCAUCCAAAUGGCUAAUGCUUCUCAGGCAUGCAGUUCUAAGUACUUUACUCUGCUUAAAACUAUACUUUCAGCUCUCUUAACUUUCAACAGCAGAUGGUUAGCAGUCAUUUCCUGAUUGCUGUCAUUUUAAUUUCCAAUCCUCUUUUUCCCUAUCUAGCACAGCCUACUCUUUGUUUCUUGAAAUUAAAAUCAAAUGCAAUAGCUAAAUGAUUUAAUAAUGGCAGGAUUUUUCAGAAAGAAGUCCAGUUUGUGGAUUCAAAAUGAGCAAUACAGAAGCAAAUCAUAUUUAUAUUUAAAGGUAAUUGCAUUACCCUGCAUACAUUCACACAUGUACUCAUCACAAUGAAUAUUAAUUCCAGGGUAUAAUUCCAGCAUCUGAAUGCAUGCUCAGAUAUAUUAAUUUGAUAUCUCGAAAUAGUUGGAAUAUCAGGGAGAUUGGUAUUCCCCAAACAUGUCAAUAUAAAUUCAUAAAGGGUUUUUAUUCUGUUAAGGGUAAAUAACAAACUUUGAUGCAAGCCUAUGGUUUUUAUUUUUUAAGCUACUCCAAAAGACUGACAAUGGCAAACAAAGUAGUGUGGCUGUAUUUACAUAACAUAUUAAGCCGAAUUUCUUGUGAUUUAUGUAGGAUUAUUACAUGAACUCAGUUUUGAUGUGUAUAGUAUUCCAUUAUUAAGCCAAACAUAGCAUUGUAUUUAUGAAACCAGCUCACUGGAUAGUGGUAUAUUAGGUAGAGAAAUCAAAACAGCAAACCUUAAUUAAUUUAUUAAUUAAGGGCUAUAAUUAAGGGCUAUAAUUAAUUAAGGGCUAUAAUUAUAAUUAACACUAGGGCUAUAAAUCAGGGCUGGAAAGAUUCAGAUGAUCACAAGAAAACAGCCCCGAGUAUACCUUUUC